AUGAAGAGCUAUGUGCCGAAUCCCGUGCCCUGCAGCAACGGUGGCAGGUAUGCAUCCAUUGCAGAGGCUGCCGCACAACAGAAUCCUCAGGCAGUCGUCGAGAUGCUGUCGCAGGGCCACAAAGCAGAGUAUCAGGACUCUGAUGGCAACACAGCUCUCCACUAUGCUGUGUGGUUCAGGCUAGAUUCACUGCUCACCCCGUUACUGGAACGAGGGGCACGACCAGACAUUCCCAACAAUUCCGGAGAAUGUGCCAUACACUGGGCUGCGAACUCUAGCAAUGUCAUAGCUUUGGAUGCGAUGACGAAGGCCAACCGAGCUCUUCUCUCGAUACGCAACCAUGAUGGCUUCACUGCCUUCCUUUUGUCCGCGCAGUCGGACAACUGCCCCGUGAUGGAGUGGCUGUACCUCAAAGGUGUCGGCUUGGAAGAGCAGGACGACUGCGGCAGAACUGCCCUGCAAUGGGCCUGCCACAAAGGCAACAAGAAGACAGUCCAGUGGUUGCUCUCGCGAUCUGCCAGCAUCGUUCACCGAGAUGGAGAAGGCAUGACAGCACUUCACCACGCAGUUUUGCAAGGACACACACUGGUCUUGGAAAUGCUCAUGGAAGUCGGGGCUGUGCACCUCUUAGAUGUCCCAGAUAACGCUGGCAAAACUCCGAUUGAACUCGCAAUGCGGCAGGGGAAGAGGCCCUUGGUGCUUGCCUUCCGCAAGUGCCAGGUCUUUAACUUUCUGUUCGGGCGGCCACACAUUUUCCAGACAAACUACGCAGGUCUCUUCGUGUGCUGCGCUGUCUACAACAUCAUCAUCUUUGCUUUCGUCAUAGCGCCGGCAAUUGCAGCUAGGAAUCCUGAAGCCGUCCUAAUCUGGUCGAUGCUCAUGGGGUUGUCUCUGCUGCUUUGGGUGCAGUGCCUGUUCUCGGAUCCUGGCUGGCUCCAGCGACGGACCAUACACUCCCAGAGUCAGCUGCUGGGCGACGAUCCCGCAAGGGCGUUUGAUGUUCAGCAACCGAUCGAGUCGCAGAUGGCUCACUGCGACAGCAUUCUUCAGCAUCUGACCUGGACAUGCGACGGCGAGAUCCCGGAGGUCACGAAGCUGGAGCUAGAGCAGAACAAGUACAACUAUCAGCGCCACCUUCUCCAAGAAGCACAGAAACGACUCAAGGAAGGCUGUGGCCUCCGUGACCCUCGAAGCCCAGCCUUGGGCGAAUCGCAGCCCCUGAUCGCUUCAAAUUUCAUUGAUGGGGGGUCCCGGCAGGCCCAGUUGGACAGAGCAACUGUGGCUCUACACGAGCGCGAACGUGCUGCAGUAGAAAACCUGGGCCACGCAAGAGUGGAGCACUUGCUGACACAAGGAGCUGUCGAGUAUCUGACCUUGGUGAACAAAGGCGACUUCAAGAAGGUGUGCGUCAUCUGCCGGACCGUACGAAAAUUUCGCUCGCACCACUGCAACGAACAAGGUCGAUGUGUCGAUCGUAUGGACCAUCAUUGCCCUUGGAUAGGCAAUAGCGUUGGCUUGGGCAAUCAGAGAUCUUUCUUUUCCUUCAUCAGCGUGCUUCUUGCCGCCCUCCUCUACUUCUACUACACAGUCUUUCUUUAUGCCGUCGACAAGGUGUUUCCAGAUAUCUCUCGAGGCUCCCUGACAAGUGGGUGCCUUGGAGCAGAGUUGCUACCAACUCUGGUUUUGAUUACGGCCGCGUUUGACGCAGUUUGGGUUUACUUCGUCGGAAUGCUUGUGGGCAGAACCACUGCCAACAUGAUGGUGAACCUAACUGCAUACGAAGUCUUGGUUAGACCCAGCCACGUGCUGCGACGCUUUCCCAAAACACGAGGAGCGUAUUGGUACCUCCAGGGUUUUGGGAUCAGAUCUGCCUUAUACAAUGUCAUUAGGUUCUGGACAUUAGACGACAGCGGAGAUGCGGUGGCUUUUCGUAGAACUCAAGAGGUGCAUGGCAAGCCUUCUCACUUGAUGGAAGAGCCCUGA